ACAUUUAAAGCUCUGUUUACGACCUUAGCCUUGUGCACUGACUAUACAGAUCUUCGUCAUAACUAGUGCGUGUACACAAGGAGUGAAGUAUGGGGAUAUACGCUGUGCCCUCGGUCUUCUUUCUUCUUCUCCAAGUUUCAUUGUCAUCAGGACAGACUGUUUACAAAGUUACCACGAUCCUGGAGGAACCGUUUGUUAUCCAGAAGCAGGGAGGAUCUGCCCAAUUUGACGGGUUUAUACCGGAUCUUCUGAAGAAAAUAGAGCCGGUGCUCAAUGUGACCUUUGACAUGAAACACGUAGCAGACUUUAAGUAUGGCUCAAAGCGUCAGGACGGCAACUGGACCGGAUUGAUCGGGGAACUUGUCAAAGGGACUGCAGACAUUGCUGCUGCCUCUCUCACCGUGACAGCUGAGCGAGCGAAAGCUAUAGAUCUGUCUCAUCCAUUUAUGGAAUCAGGACUUUCCAUCGUCCUUAAGCGACCAAAUACGAGGGGGUGGCAUGCACUGAAGGGAUUCGUCACCUUCUUGGAGCCCUUUGCUCCUGGGGUCUGGAUCACACUGUUGGUUGCGUGUUUAAUUGUUCCCGUUCUCUAUGGUGUCGUUAUACAUUUUGACCCUAUGGAAGACGAGGCUGACCCAAGUAUGCUGAGAAACAUUGCUCGCGCAGUACCUGUUAUUUUCUACAGAUUCUGUUUACAAGGAAGCCUCGCACCUGCAAACACCACUUCCCGAGCCUCAAGAGUUCUGAUUGCAUUCUGGUCUCUGUUUUUGGUCAUUCUCUACGUCACGUGGGCAACGUCAUACGCUGUUUACAUGUUGAGAGGGGAACGUCAAACCCCAAGCAAUCCCAUACAUUCGUUUGAGGGCCUUGCGUCACAAAGCGGCAUCAAGUUUGGAACUGUGAACGGUGGCGCUACGUACAGAUACUUCACACAAGCAAAGGACGAAGUGGACAAGAAAAUAGGCAAGCAUCUGAAAGAUAACCCCGAUCAGAUGACGAGUAGUUCAGAGGAUGGCAUUAAAAGAGUUCGGGACAGCGGUGGUGGAUACGCCUUUAUCAUGGAGGAAAUACCUGCAAGGCUCACCGUAGGGAAGCUACCGUGUGAUCUUAUGCUGGUUCACCACUCAUCUAUACGGAAAACCUAUUCCUUCGGGUGCACUGCAAACACUACUAUAUGCCGAAACUUAGACGUUGCCAUCAUACAGCUAAAGACCGAUGGAGAAAUCCAGGAACUGAUCGAUAAAUGGCUGAAGCCAACCGGUGACUGUGAUACCGAUUUCUAUGACGACUAUUUGGCGUACAUGAGGUCUUUCAACAUGGAGAAGGACGCAUCCGGGUUCUUGUUUCAGAGCGAUGCCUUGACGAUGGAGAAGGUCGGCAGCAUGUUUAUACUACUGGCUGUCGGGAUUGCUGUGUCCAUUGCGCUGCUGGUCUUUGAUGUCUGUACGGAGAGGAGAGUUCAGAAAACGGUAAACAGGAGAGGGGGAACGGACAAACAGCCAUUUGAAGCAAUAACUGACGACAUGCAGUAAACCUGGUGGGAAUGACGUCAUAAAAAGGACACAUGCAUGUUUUAUACCUUGAUUCCAUUAAAAAAUAUGACCAAGAAUAGAUAUUAGGUUUAAGCACAUACCGUUAAAUCAUUAAAUUUGAUUGGGACCAUGCAGUUAAUGUGGAUUGUCAAUAUUUUCACAGGUUCAUAAGAACUUAAUUUUGUUGACUUGCUAGGAUAAUUAAUACAUGAUUAAUAUGCUGCAUGUUUCAUAAUUCGUUUGAUGGGGAGUUAUGUUCGUGUAUAAAAUGAUAAAUAUCAACGAAAUCCACAAAAAUUAUGAGACCACGAAUUCUAAUGCCUUUUAGUAUUUAACAAUAUUGAACUUGGUUAGUUCUAAUAUGUAUAUGUAUGGUCGAAAUUGAUAAAGGAUUUUGUCAUCGAGAGCGCGCAUUUGAACUGUAUGAUUAGCUGAGGUACAUCAUGAAUAUGAAUGUAAGCUUGAAAACGUAUUUUUUGGUAACGUCUUCGUAAAUUGCAACUGGUUUACAUAUAUAUAUAUAUA